GGCUUUUCGGAUUUUCGCAAAUGGUCCAUUGGCAAUGAGAGAACACGUUAGUUGUUCGUCUGCAGUACCUGCACCGCGCAUUCCUUUUGUUCUCUAGCAAGCAGCAGCGUUGUUUCCGGUCGGAUUGCCUGACGCACCAGGCCCGCACACGCGGAAGGUACAGGUUGAGCGCAAAACAGCCGCACUGCCGUCGUCACGGUCGUUUAGUUGUCGGGUUGUUAGGAUCGUCUGCUCGUUUUCGCUGUCGCAAUCGGUGAGCGAGAUACGGUAGUUGGAUCUCCAAGUCACAUCAUGGUACGUUCCUCUUGGAUGCCGCUGAUUGUGUCCAUCGUUGGUGUCCUCUGCUCAGUCCGGCGGUGUGACACCGAGGACAUCAUCACCGCUCCGCAACAGUGUUCCGGAACCUUUCACGUUCACUCCACGCAAGUCACGCUGUUCAUUCAGCAGAACGUGACGUCACAGGAUGAUGUCAUCGACUGCCAGUUCACCUUCGUAGCCCCUGGAGAUUCUGGUCUCCUUUUCUUCGUCAACGACAUAACGGCCAUCGACGAUGGAGAGAUACCCGGAUGCCCAGUCGAAAUAUACGGCAACGUGGCAGACCCUCCCGUGACGUCACUGUGCGGCCACUAUCCGACUCUGGUUGUCCCGGUGACGUCAUCGAAAGCCGUUGUCUUCUACCGCCCGGUGUACCAGGGUAGCCCCUACACGCUCACCGUCGACCUCCAGGUUACCACGAGCGAUGACGUGACCACUCAGCUUUGCGCGGAUGCUGAACUCCACGCCGUGCCCUCUGUUCCGCUGAAGUACGACAUCGUCUUCAGAGACGACGGCGGUUCUCACGACGCUGAAGAAUUCUGCGAAAUCAAGGUGUUCAGCAGCGACGCAGACGAGUCGCUGAAGACAUGGUGCCUGCUCACGAGCGACGGAGUAUGUCGCUACGAAGUUCGGCUGAACCACGGGAGCGUCCUUGCUGAGGCCGAUCAAGUUGUCGGCGUUGCUGAUGCCGGCGGAGAAGUGGCAGUCAGACUUUAUCCUAGUGGAUUAGCCGGCGUCCUAGGACUAACCUUACCCGCGGAGUUUGAGCCGGUCAAUAAGCUUGAGAGACCCCCCUCGGCGCCGACCGAGUCGUCUGCUAAGGUCACGGGAAGUGCAGACGUUGAUUUCAAUGUGACGGAGAGCAUCGUCACUGACGAUACCACUACCGUCGGUGGUGACAACCAGGAAACGAGUGGGGAUGGUUGCGGCAGCAACGAGACUCCGUCUACGAUCUGGGGUAAAACGAAAAAGUUCUUCGACGAUGCUGGAUGCGCAAUCACCUCCGCUUGGAACACGGUUACCACGGCUGUAUCGAGCGCUUGGGACAGUGUGACUUCUUGGAUUACGGGCUGGUUUUGA